CACCUUUUCAGUGUUUCUGAGUUGCACUCUGGGGAUGUCUCUGAGAUUUUUUUGCAAUUCUACAAGCUUCCCUCAUCAACAUCAAGUGAGAGGAAAUCUUAAAAGCAGCAAAAACCUUGACAAGGUUAGAAACCUCGUCAAAACAGUUGGGGUUCCUUCAUUAACUUCUUCUCCGCUUGAAUCUCUCCGAAAGGGAAACUGGGUCAAGCUCAUAUGUGGUGCAAGCUUCGAGGAUGUUGUUGAUAUCAGGAAUCUCUCACUUGUUUACACUCUUGCUGGAGUUGAUUGCAUUGACUGUGCUGCUGAUUUGGCGGUUGUGAGCGCAGUAAAUGAUGGAAUUGAAUCGGCUAGAGACAUAGUGGGCCUUAGAAGGCCUUGGGUAAUGAUCAGCGUCAAUGAUGACGAAGAUCUUCACUUCCGAAAGGCUGAGUUUGAUCCAGAGGAUUGCCCACUUGACUGCUCAAGGCCUUGUGAGAUUGUUUGUCCUGCUAGUGCAAUAUCACUCAAUGAAGGAAACUCUACAUUAGAAGUUUCAGAUGGUACCGAUGCAUCUAGAGUUUUAAAGGGUGGAGUUAUAACUGAACGCUGUUAUGGCUGUGGCCGUUGCUUUCCAAUUUGCCCCUAUGAUAAUAUAAGGGCAGUUACAUAUAUAAGAGAUACUACUGCUACGGCUGAUCUUAUAAAAAGAAAUGGUAUUGAUGCUGUGGAGAUACAUACAAGUGGAAGGCAGAGUGCUUUCUUUGAAAAACUUUGGGAUGGCUUGGGAGAUUCAAUUUCACAUCUGCGACUAAUAGCAGUUAGCUUACCUAAUGUUGGGGAUUCAACCAUAUCCUCAAUGAACACGAUGUACUCUAUUAUGGAACCUAAUCUACCUUGCUUCAAUUUAUGGCAGUUGGAUGGCCGCCCCAUGAGUGGAGAUAUUGGACGAGGUGCCACAAGGGAAUCAAUUGCCUUCGCUGUUCGAUUGGCUGCUGUGAAAGACAGGCCCCCUGGUUUUCUUCAAUUGGCGGGUGGCACCAAUGCUCACACGGUUGAUGGAUUAAAGAAAAUGGGACUUUUUCAAACAACAUCCAUUACUAAGAACCCAAAGGAUGAAAUACUUACAGCCAGUUUGCCUAACUCAUUGCAUGCUUUAAUUGGUGGCAUAGCUUAUGGUGGCUAUGCAAGGAAGAUUGUUGGAAGGGUCUUGAGUUCUAUGCAAUCACAGUAUGGUGUUGCUCGCAUUGAGGAUUAUCCAGAACAUCUCUUGGAGGCACUUAGAGAAGCCCUUGCUUUAGUUGGAACAGUCAAAUCCUAUGAUCCAUUUUAAACAUGUCAGUAGUAGUAUUAAAUAAUAAUCCUUUUUUUUUCCCUUUCUUUUUCAUUGUAUACCCCUAGUCAACUAUCAAACAAACCAAGCUUUCACCAAAAGAAUGUAUAUGUUAUAUCCAAUUUUUUAGGUAACGUAAUAUUCAUUCAGUCUGAAUACCUUUUAUUAAUUUUUGAUUUAUGGGCUUGUUGGUUCAUGGACCUUUCAGUGGGAGCCAUGAACAGGUUUUUUAUAUCA